UAACGGGAGGUGGGGUGGUGGUGGGGGGGGAAGCUUGAGAGAAAUCAUUUAUUCGUAUUACCUGAUACACUCUUCAUUGGAGGACAUUUGCAAGUCUUCGGAUUCCAACAUGAGUUUUAUCUUCAAAUAUGGAACUACCUUAUUCCUCCUCCUUGGGUACUUGCAAGCAAAUUCCUUGUUUUUGCAGAAACCAUCUGCCAACAUGUUUCUCAAUCGGAUUCGGCGAGCCAGUGGUUUUGGGGAAGAGCUGACGAGAAGCGACAACCUGGAAAGAGAGUGCAUAGAAGAAUUGUGUGACAAAGAGGAAGCCUAUGAAAUAUUUGAAAAUGGGGAAAAAACUAACGAGUUCUGGAAGACCUAUGAAGGGAGGCGAUUUCACCCACCUGCCCCCUUCAGUCUCCCACCUCCAACAUUGGCCCCGAUCGACAAACGAACACAGGAAAGGUCGAUUCAGGAUAUGAUUAGUAUGGGAAGGCAAAUCAUUGAAAAGAAAAAGGAAAUGAUUCAACUUAAACAGAGGAUAAUUGAACUGAAAGAGAGCUCCACUGAGCUGAAAAACAACUUGCUCCAUGAAAUACGAGAAAAUAUCUUGCAAAAUACUUGCUGCCUCUCAACUAUUUACCAGCUGCUGAAUUAAAAUGGAAAUCAUUCAUGGAUGUUCUGAUUUUUCAACAUGGUAGCAAAUGCUCUUUUAAAUUUUUUUUCCCCCCAGAUCCAAUCAAUUUCUCUUCCCAGUAGUCCUUUCGCCUCCUGAGUCAGAAGGUUAUGGGUUCGAGGCUCUUAAAUUGUGACUUUGAGCUCACAGUCUAAACUGUCAAACCAAAGUCCUGUCUACUUGUUCAGGCAGACGUUAAAAGAUCCCAUGGCAUGACUCGAAAACUGGUAGAAAACCUUUUGCGCGAAAGAAAAGUUGCAAAAAUAAAUCACACGUUUUCAUUCA